GUUACUAUUGUACACCUUUUGUAUGAGAACAGUAAGUUAGGAUAAACAAUUUUAAUUCCAUUUUAAUCCUUUUUUUGUCAGCCUGUAUUUAAGAUUUUUUUAUCUCGCUCUCACUUACGUGAAUAGUUUCGAAGUUGGGGUACGGUACAGUCGUGUGUUAACUUCUUAACGUAUGUCAAAAUCUGACAAAAACUGUCAAGUGAUGACUGUCACUUCAGUUUGAAGGUUAUGUUGUUAAAAAAUAUAACUGAAUGGAACAAUAACACUACUUGCUCCUGCUCCUGGUUAGUGUUAGCAUCUGUUAGGUACUACGUUUUUAUUUCAAAUACAUUAUUACUUCACAUAAGAUAAUUCCCGUUGUUGGAGUUUGGCAGUCACGGCUACUUGUAGGAAUUGGCGUAUGCAAUACGCAUACAAUCGUAGCGGUUGCGAUGGACGUGAUGCUAGCGUGUCGCUGCUGCCUGCUGUGUCCCCCGGACAAAGACCUGACAACGCCGCACACACAUCUCGACAAAACGGAGAUAUAUGCCGACAUGAUCAAGGAGUGUUUUGAUAUUCAAUUGCAGCUGGCAGUGGGCGGCUCGGGCUCGAGCGGCAUCUGCUGUACGUGCGUGGGCCGCCUGCGAGACGCGAGCGACUUCAAGCUGCAAGUGCAGCGCAGCCAGGCGGAGCUGCAGGCGCGCUCGCAGGGAGCGAGCCUCGUCAAAGAGGAAGAAUCUGCAGUAGAGUGUGAAAACCCAGAAAUGCAGGACACACAUGAGACUUGUGGGUCCGAGCCAGGUGAAGAGACCGCGGUCAAGCCGGAGAUGCUGGAUGAAGACACACCUGAGGAGAUAUUGUAUGAAGAGUUCACAGUCAAGUCGGAGGCGUCGGCCGAAGACGAUGAGAUUUCGCUGUGUUCGGACGGCAGCGCCCGCGCCAGGGAGCAGCUCGCGAUGGCUUGCUCCGUGGUGCUCGAGCGCCUCCGCGGCGACGCGACUGCUCACAGCGGGGCCAAACCAAUCGCCUGCGAACACUGUGGCGAACGUUUUAGAAACGAAACUAUCUUAAAUAGACAUAUUCAAGACACACACUUGCCGUCAGCGCCAAAACAAUUUUCUUGUGAUUUUUGUAGUUCUACAUUCCAAACUGAAUCACUUAUAUUAGAGCACGAAAAAAUCGAACAUGGUGUCACAAAUUUCAUGUGCGCUCAUUGUGAUUAUUCAACAAUGUCCAAGAAAUGUUUAGCAGUUCAUUUAAAAAAUCAGUGCAGUUUCAAAAACCUGAUUAAAAGUGAUUUACACAAACAGCAAGCGAUACUCUCCGUAGAUAAAAAGACACACAAAACAACACACAUGAAAUUAAAUACCAGAGUAGAGCCUUAUAAGUGUAGUUAUUGCGAUUACAAGUGUGGUAAUAGGUCACACCUAAGAACACAUAUAAUAACACAUACCGGCGAAAAGCCUUUUCAAUGUCGCGACUGUGCUUACAAGUGCGCUCGAAGAUCACAGUUACAAAGGCACAUGAGAACACACACCGGAGAAAAGCCUUACGCAUGUGGUCACUGUGAGUACCGGUGCAGUCGAAAGUCAACCCUAAGAACACAUGUAAUGAGACAUACUGGCGAUAAGCCUUUUCACUGUAGUCACUGUGCUCAUAAAUGCAGAUCGAAAUCAGACUUACAAAGUCACCAAAGAAUACACACCGGGGAAAAGCCUUACGCAUGUAGUCACUGUGAGUACCGGUACAGUUAUAGGUCAAGCCUAAAAGCACACGUAAUGACGCAUACUGGCGAGAAACCUUUUCUAUGUAGUUACUGUGUCUAUAAAUGUAGUACGAAAUCAGACUUACAAAAACACCAAAGAAUACACACCGGAGAAAAGCAUUACGCAUGUAGCCACUGUGAUUACAAAUUCAGUAACAAAUCAAAUCUACGACGUCACCAGAAGACUCAUAUUGGGAUGAACCCCGACAACGCAGCAAUGACCUAAAUCAGGAACAGAUCUGGCAUUAACAUUUCACGCUCCUUCAAUAAGGAAGGGGCUCCUGUCACGCAGCUCACGCGCGCUCCCGUGUUCUUACUGUACACGAGUCAGUUGUAGUUAUUUAUAUGACUGGCGCAUAAUGAGGUGCAUCAAACUACGCGUGUUGUUUUAUGACAAGCCAAAGCGAGUUUCAUAACAAAAUAACAUGAAUGUUCUAAUGACUCAUGUACAGUUACAUGUAACAAUAUUUUAUUUUAUUAUUUGCAAAGCAGGCAGGCAGUUGUAGUUAAACUGAUGAAGCCUGUAUGCAGGUGUCAGCAGAGGUUUCAGGCGUUAUGUGGAAUUAGCACUUGUCUAACUUAUUCUUGAAUUCGUUCACACUUUGGGCCGAUAUUACAUCCUCCGGGAGCUGGUUCCGAGCCUUUACCACUCUAUUGCUCCUCCUCCUCUCCUUAUUAUUUUACUACUCUAUUAUUUCUUUGUAUUUAAUCGCCAAGAUUAAACCAAUUAUACACAUAAAUUAUUUUAAAAAUGUUAAUGAUGUGUUGAUAUUUCGUGAAAAAAAAAAACAAGUUCACUCGAACGCAUGGAUGUAGCUGGCCCUUUCUUAAAAACACACAGUGGCUUCGUACAACUUGACAUUUUUUUAUUUAAUAAAAAUAUAAUAUAUUCUCUAUUUUCUUUGCUUUGUUUGGAAAUGUAGAGUUUUUAGUUCUUUUGCUUAAACUCGAUGGAACGGUGUAAAAAGUAAAAAAAAAAACCAAGAAAGAUGAGUGACAGUGGUGAAAAUACCUACAGUUUAUUUAUGUUAAUUUGAGUAUCAAAUAAGUCUGACAGUAGAAGUAAGGUUACAUACAAUCUUUGCUUUUAAUUUUUGAUAAAUGUAUAUUUUUAACUUUAGAUUUACUUAAGUAUUUAAGUAACUCAUACAAAGACUGUUGUAAUCAUUUUCUUUGACUCAUUUGAGUCAUGUUCAUGACUUUUUUCUU